UAGUACUCUCUUCUAUUCUGUCUUGUUUCUCCUCCAAGUUCUCUUCGUACUUGGAACCUAGUUUCAUUUAUUUUAUGUUCUUGUUCGUGGAGCGAGUGUAGACCACGCGCCUUCACCCUCUCCUCUCUUACGCUCCGAUCAGGUGAUAUGGCAGGUACUUCAAAUGGAAGAGAAGGCAAAAAUGUUAUUUUUCCAAAAACUGAGGAGGAGGACUUGGAUUAUGAGAUCUCACCUUAUACUAUUUUUUCAAGGGAUGUUAGGGACACAGCUGCAAGUUCAUCUGGAAGCAAAGUACGGGCAUUCUUUGUUGGAAUGGGAUUCUUGCCAUGUCUUGUUGAUAAAGUGAUAGAAGAGAAUGGUGAAGAAAAUUCUGAUGCAUUGUUAGAGAUUCUCUUGAGAAGUUCGGCUGAUAAAUCCAAUUGUGACUCGUCGGAUUCUUUGGAAGGCUGUCUUAAUACAAGAGAACAUAGAAUUAUCCCAAAUUUCUGUCCCACUGCUCACUCAAAAGAGGUUCUUCAAAGAUCAAAUUCAGAGUCUUCUGAUUCACUUGAUAGCUUAUUUGAUGAUAAGGAUCCUCCAGAAGUUUCCAUGGUCAAUCAACCAAAAAAGGAGCCUGAUGAAACUACUGAAGGUAUUGAAGAUAAAAGAGGUGUGUUACUGAUGAUGAAAUUCUCUGUGGAGGAAGUUGAGUUUGCAAUCCGUAAACUUGGUGAUAAAGCGUCAGUUCCUGAGCUUGUGGACUUCAUCUUUGCUGCUCAGAUUGCUAAAAAGAUGAAAAGGGAAAUACAAACAGAUGAUGAUUUCACCUGUUAUGAGCGAGGAACUGAGAUUACCAAUGAAAAACUGUUUGGAAUUAUGGCAAAAACGCUUCAGUUAUUUGAAAUGGGCUUUUCUGAGAAUGAAAUAUCCUCAGCAGUUGAUAAAUUAGGUCCAGAGGUUCCAAUUUCAGAGCUUGCAAAUUUUAUUUUUGCGGAACAAAAUGGGAUCGAAUAUGUGAUGGAAUAUAAGUAUCCCCCUGCUUAUUCUUGGAUCAAAGAAGAACAACAAAGCGAUGUGUACGGUACAUCAGAAGUGAAAGUUGAGAAUUUUAGUGAUGAACCUUCGCAGUCAUGCCAGGUCAACUUAGAGGAAACUUACAAUGGUGAAAGGGUGAAGGAAGAAGAUUACAUUGAUGAAUUUCCCGGAUCUGCUUCCGACGUGAGAUAUUCCGACUUUACAGAAAAUGACAGAAAUAAGAGGCCAAAGUAUGAAUAUGAUGAUUCAAACUCUAGUCUUGAUCCUUAUUGGGUGGAAGAAAAGGUUGAUACAGUUGUUGCCACUAUGUGUAGACUUAACAAAUCAAAUCCAUCCAGGAGUCUAAUCAGUGUGGCAACAAAACCUCCAUAUUUCUUAUUUGGUAAUGUUUCAAACAUAUCACAUGACUCGUGGAAAAAAAUGACUCAUUUUCUAUAUGGUAUUGAACCUGAGUUUGUGAGUACCGAGUUCUUUUCGGCCUUGAAUAGAAUAGAAGGUUAUAUACACAAUCUUCCAACAGAAAAUAGGUCCUACAUUCAUCCAAAGACACCUAUGACUAUCGAGGAUGCAAUACCGCGGGCGAAGAAAUGGUGGCCACCUUGGGAUACAAGGAAGCAGUUGAACUGUAACUAUUGUGAAACUAAUGGAAUAACUCAACUUUGUGAUAGACUAGGAAAGGUUCUUGCUGACUCUGGGGGAGUACUCACAUCUCAACAGCAGAAAGACAUUCUUCGUUAUUGCCGUGGUUUGAAUCUCGUGUGGACUGGUAAAUACAAACUUGGUCCAAUAGAACCUGAACACUUGGAGCUUAUCUUAGGCUACCCAACGAAUCACACUCUUACUGCCGAAUGCGAUUUGACGGAAAGACUUCAAUUGCUAAAAUACUGCUUCCAGACAGAUACAUUAGGAUAUCAUCUUUCGGUCUUGAAGCCCCUUUUUCCUCGUGGACUGACACUGUUGUCGAUUUUUAGUGGAAUUGGCGGGGCAGAAGUUGCGCUUCACCGCCUUGAUAUUAAAAUAAAAGCUCUUGUGUCGGUUGAGAUUUCUGCAACUAAGAGGAAGAUUCUUGAGAAGUGGUGGCGCAGUUCUGGACAAACUGGGACUUUGGUUCAGAUUGAAGACAUUCAAAAGCUGACUAGUAAAAAAUUUGAAAAUCUAAUCGGUAAAUUAGGGGUUUUUGAUCUGGUCAUUUAUCAGAACCCGUGCUCUAACCCAGUUACCAGGCCUCAUACCAUUGGAAGUCUCUCAGCUUCAGAGUUUUCAGUGUUUUGUGAAUCUGUUCGUGUUUUGCAACGUGUAAGAGGUCUGUGUGACAGGAGGUGAGUCAAAUGACGUGUAUCUUGUUGAAGUAAAUUACGUCGGUGGUUGCUUUUGGUUGCAUGGUGUCAUGUUCUUCCUUUGAUGUCUUGUUCUUGACAAAGGUAGUUGCUGUAAAAUAUGUGACUUUCAUGUGAAAUUUUCAGUGCAGGGAAGAGUUGUUUUCUUUUUUGUUGUAAAAUAAGAAUUGUUUCCAUCUGUAGGUGUUAUUAAUCGCAUUGGUAGAGGCAUUAACUAGUGCUUCCCUAUCCUGUUUCCAAUCCAAAUGUAGCAAAAAAUUGUUUGUAGAUCAUGUUUGGGACUGCCUUAAAUAUCUCACUCCUUCACUUUUUUUAA